AUGUCUCUCUACACGGAUCCACCGGCCUUAAAGCCGUUCAGCGACGACAAACCCAUCCUGCUCGUGAGCUGGUGGCUCACCCUCUUCUGCACCGCCGUCAUCAUCCUGCGAGUGAUCGGGCGCUACGUGCGCAUGGAGAAGCUUUUUCUCGAGGACAAAAUCGCGGGCCCUCGCCCUGAUUCCCAUGUACCUCCGCAUCGCCUACUAUGGACCCUCAAAACCAUCACCCUCCUCUUCUUCAACCGCCUCGUCGGCACCGCCGGCAAAUCCAAAUACAACCUAACCUUACGCUUCCUGCAAAUCACCAUCGGCUGCACCUUCCUCGCCUGCUUCAUCAGCAACCUCUCCGAAUGCUUUCCCGUCACGCACUACUGGCAAGUCACGCCCGACCCAGGCGGACAAUGCCGGCAAUCCUAUGCGCACCUGUUGGUGGUAGCAGCCUGCAGUAUCCUCACUGAUUUAUUACUCGUCGUCUUCCCGAUCCCGAUCCUGAUCCAAUCGCGCAUCAAGCUCAGGCGCAAAGUCCUGCUUGUCUCCCUCUUUUGCCUAGGCUUGUGCACAAUCGCCAUCACGCUUUAUCGGGUUCCCAAUAUUUUGGAAGAAAAAGGGUACCAAGGCACGCGAACGAUGUGGGCGAGCGUGGAGAUUUUGGUGGCUACGUUUGUCAAUAAUGCCAUUGCGCUGGGCACGUUUGUGCGCGAUACGGGGCCGAAGAAGAAGAAGUUCAGGCAGUAUAUUUCUCCCGCGGACGCUUAUGCGCGGGAUAAGAAGGGCACUGGUGGCGGUGGUGGUGGUUCAUUCAAACCUGGCGGUACCACAACACUAAACUCGAUUGCCGAGAGGACGGUCAAUGAUAAGCGUGGAAGUAUGAUGAUGAUGGGUGUAAGUGCCGCUCAGGGAAGCGAUAACAAGGCGGGAAUUAUCAUCAGGACGGAUACUGUGGGCAGUAACGGGACGAUUGCUAGUACAACGCCUACUCACGGCGGAAACCACCAGGAAGAACUGGCGCGCGAUAGUGUGGCUUCUAGCAACGGCCAUUUACCGGGGGCAGAACACAAGCCCAGGGAAAGGGACUCUCAAGAGUCACUUAUUCCCAAGCCUGGACACGGAGGUAUCGGGGAGGCCAUGUACUUUGGGACGGUCAUGAAGACGACGGAGAUCAGCGUCACGGUCACGGACGCCAAUGAGGAGGACUUGAGGGCGCAGCUUGAUGGUGGACGGGUACCGCAGAGUCCGUACGGUAUCUCUAGCCAUCAUCAUAAUCAAAUUAGAGAGGCGCCGAGGGUCGUGGCGGCUGGAGACAGGGGAGUACAGAGGGGGACGACCAAGUUGUUGAGAAGUUUGCCGGGGAAGGAGGAGGAUGUUUGA